AUGGGCAUGCUGAGGGCGGUUCUGCUCCUUGCUUUCCUCUCCAACUUGGCAUAUGCGGAAGGAGAGACGAGCCAAAACUCAUCUGGCUGGAUUCGCUUAUGUCAAGACGUCGCGGCGCUCAGAUCGCAGCCGCCCCCUUUUGUUGCCAAGCUUGGUAAGCUCUACGAAGCGCGCCAGACUUUGAGCAAGAAGCGGCGUCUGCGCCUCCGCAAGGAAGUGAAUGCCACGAGCCCGCUCUGGGAUGCGGAGAUCCAUGCCUUCUGCGACACGGCGGUGGGCACAGGGCCCUGGCGGCUAAAGGUGGACCUGACCGCAGCGGCGAACGCCAGCGCGGCUUACCAAAGGCCUCAACGGAUACUGCUGGUCUUCACACCUGGCUGGCCACAAGCGCUGCCGCAGAUCCGGUUCUUGAGCAAGCUGCAGAGCUUCUACACCAAAGAGGUGGGAGAGGAGAAGAUGGACUUCCAUGUGCGCGAACCUACCGGCAAGCUUCUGGCACGACUUCACGAAAGCUUGGGUGAGGCAGUGUCGUGCAUGUGGCGGCAAACGGGCAGCUGCAGUGCCAAAGGUGUGCGCGAGCCGGAGAGAGAUCGCCUCUGUUCCGAAAAGCUCCCCUGCAUUGUAGUUCCUUUUUUUUUGGUUUAA